AUGUUAUCAGGUUUCUUGGUGAUACAGGCUUUGCUAGUGAAGACUUUCCCUAACAACGAAGAAAACCUCAUCAACUCGGAUAUUACAUUGGAGCGCGAAGCCACACAAGUCAAGAAAGACAAUACCACUAUUCCACCACACUGCACUUUCUGUAACGAUACCUGUGAGCUCAGUCAUAUUUGUAAAAAGUGUGGGAAUGCCGCUCAUUGCAACCUUGACUGUAACCGUUCCGACUGGUAUCGACACAAGUUUUCCUGCCGUCUAGGGAGACCAAUAGAUGCGACGGAUUGCUUGGUGCUCUCUUGUAAGACGAACGAGGUUGACGAUGUGAUCAAGGAAUAUGGGUUCAUGCACUUUGUCCCGGGGAAUGACCGAUGGAAACUAUUCAACCAGUACAGUGGGCUCAUUAUCAAUUGGGACACCGAAGAGGAAGAAUUACGCAGUGCGGUGAAGAAAAAUAAACUUAAAGAGAUGCUCACGACUCGAUGCCUUCAAACGCGAGAUCCGGCCAUGCUAAGGGACAUGCAAUGGUUAAAGAACGAGGAAGGGUUCGGGGCUAGUAGCGAAGGACCAGGGCUUAUCACUCUCUUUGAUGCGGCUCGAGAAGAACUGUUACUCGACCCGGACGACAGAAACGUACCGAUAACCGAACUUCCGCCCCCAGAAAAGAAACAGAUUCGCAACGGAAUUAAGCCAAACGUGGAUGAAGACAACUGGAUCGCAUUGGACUUUUGCAUAGCCGCGGAUCACAAUUCAGAACAGCAACUUGCUUCUGCAUAUGGAUCGCUGGUCGAGCGAUGUUCAUUCGACGAGUUCUGGAAAGCCAUGGCGGAUUCUAGCAUCACUGGGCUGUUCAGCAAAUAUGGGCCUGCGGAUGCAAUCUUACACAUGCGCAAUUUCAAGGACGUCAUGUCCAUUGUCAACGGAGAGGAUGAGAUGAAGCUCCACGAAGCAUGCAUUUCUGGAGAGCUAGCGAGUUUACUCGAAUCUGUUCUGGGAAGCCCUGCCAGGGUCCCCCGAGACCUGCUAAAGAACCCUUAUCCAUUAGAAAAUUACCCAUUAAUGGGCAUGGUGACGGCUUCCGUGAUAAUGUAUCGUGAGUCUGAUUUAGACCGAGUUAGUACAUCUGAGAGGAAUGCCAACGGGAAGAAAGCAGUGAUACUUAGUCUUCCAGACGCUGAGGAUGAGGCGAUGAAGGAAUGGAUCCAGGAUCGUGCUGCAUUUCUAGGUACAGGAGUAAGGCAGCGAUAUCAUUCUGCAUCAGACGGCACAGUUAUCAUGGAGGACAGGGUUGGCGCUUGUCUAUAA